UAUCCAAAGGAAGCGCAUCGAUUUGAAUGAACGAUGAUAAACUCGAUUGUCAUGUUAAAAUCGCCUCACAAAAAAAAUUCAAAUUGCGUCUUGAUACUACGUUCGUUACAUGCAGUUCCAUGAACAUGAAUUGACGGAAAAUCGUUUGCGUAUAAUAUGAGCGUGUAUAUUCAACUUUCUCAGACUGCAUAAUACAAGUAUACAAGCGUAGAAUACACCCACACAUGCGUAGCUUCCGUAUGUAUUUUUAGCUGAGGGUGUAAAAGGUAGUGCGAUCAUUCGUUCAACCGAAGAAGCUCGUCAUUGAAUAAGUCGUAAUUGACGACCGCGUUGAAGCACCUUGAUUCCGCGUUAUUUUAAAUAUAAAUUCGGUCGACUUCCAUGAAAGUAGUGAAUACGGUGAAGAUAGAUAAAGCUCUGAGAAGGGAACUGAAUAUAAGUCAUGAAUUUGAGGAGCAUAGAACGCCGUAAUGAUUUAAAAUAGUGGACAACGCGGAUGCCAUCUUAGUAUACGCCAUCUGGAUAACACCAGUGAAAAGUUACGGUGGCAAAAUAUUGAAAAACUCAUUGAAAAUAUAAAUAUUUCACCGAAAAUCACCUACUUAGAAGUGAACAAAGUAUCUAUGGACAAUAUUCGGACCUCUUAUUCAUUACAGAGUGCUGUUUUCGCGGGGUGUAAUGUAUUAUGACAUUGUUUAAUGAGACCUAACCUCGAUCCAGAAAAAUGAGUGGUUCAGAGGGAGGUAUCAUAUACUUUGCCUAUGAAAACGAGGAUGGUGAUGAUGGGGCUACCACGAUACCAGAGGUACCUGCAGAUCAAUCUGAAACUUUAGGUGAUACAAACUUGAAACCAGAUGAGCCCGACAGGGAAGAUGUCAGAGAGGAUGUGACAGAGAAUAUCACAGAGAAUGUUACCGAGAGUGUAACAGAACACAUUAUAGAGACCAUCACAGAGGAUAUCACUGAAAAUGCAACGGACCACGAUUACAUCGAACUUAUUCAGGGUAAAGAAAUGGAGCAAUUGCCAAACAUGGAAGAGGGAACGAUCAUCAUAAUACAAGACAAUGGAGACAUUGAAGAUGAAGGCUCCCACGUAUCGGUUUCUAAUUCAGUAGAACUUCCUCCAAUUAAAGAACACUCUUUUUCACAAAUAACAAACUUGUCUCAAUUGAAGAAGGUCACUCCUCGAGUCAAGCUGCAAAGUCCCGAAAAACAUUUAGUCAAGGGAUUAGCAGAGCUAAGGAAUAUAAAUUUUCCAAUACGCAAUAAACAUUCAUUGAAUCAAGCCAAACAGCAGUUGAAGAAAUACUGUCGAACAUGCGCGGGACUCAAACUUCCAUUGGUAGAUAUAUUUAGUGAUAAAGGAAUACAGAUGCGAUUGAAUCAGCAAAUGAAACAUCUGGAAGAAAUUAAUCAACACGGAAGUUUAUCUACCCAGAUGUGUAUGGAUUGUAUUUGCGAUUUGAAAAUGAGCUACAAAUUUUUUAUGCAAAUUAAAAAGGCUGAAUUCAAACUAAAAUCUAUAUACAACUCACUUAGCGAAAAGUCAGAAAAUGAUUGCACAUCAAAGAACUUAUCACCUGGCGAAGUAAGCCCAAACAUCGCUUGGAAUGAUCCCACUGUAAAAAUUGAGAAAGAUGUGCAUACAUAUGCUAAUAAGAAAACUAGCUUUGUAAAUGCAAAAAAAACUGGCCAGUUACCCAAGACAUUGUCAUUUCAUUUAUCAACUGAGAUUAGUGAUUCUGUUAAGUCACCUUUAAUUAAACCCAAAGAGGAACCAUUGGCAAUUUCAGAUGCCGAAUGCACGACUGAUAUGUUUGAGGAUGUUACAGAUCUCAACCAUAAUGAUGACAAUGAUUCUAUUGAGGAAUUUGAUCCGGAGGAUCUACCAUUCCAUCCCGAUACCUCGGAAUAUGGAGAAUCUAACGACGAACUUGAAGAACUUGGAGUUCAAAAAGCAAAAAAGGCACGAAUGAUGCCAAUGAAUGAACAGCAAGAAUUAUCGUCGACUGCAGCGGUAUAUCACUAUGACAAUACAAAGAAAGCCUAUGUUAAAUAUGAGGUCGGAGAAAGCAAAGAAAAUUUACCCAUCGACGUUAAAGACGUGGUCAAAUCUGAAGCAGUUGAUGGUGGGACGGAUCCAAAAAAACAGCCAAACAUCUUGAAAAGAAGGCUGUCCCUGCCCCUCAAAUCAAAAACGGUCGUCGAUUCUUUAGAAACCAGUCAUUCAGCAGAUUCAAAUAUCCCCACCAGUCCUGGAAAAACGUUGCAAAAAUUGAGCAUGAAUCAUCCGAUUAGUAUCGGGACUAAAGGCGAGGAUGGCAUUAUGUAUGUCACAGUAAAAGGAUCAAAGCCAAAUGAAUUGCUUUUAGUGAAAGUGAAAAAAAUGGAUAAGCCUGGGGAAAAAGUUGAGGAAGUUAACUUAGCUCAUGCUGCUAUCGACAUGAAACCAGUAGACCGCAUGCUGAAAAAAUAUGAGGCACUAAAAAUGAAAGAAAAAAAUCUGUUUUCAGACAAGUAUAAAAAACCUGAUAUAAGGGAACAAAUAAUAGAAGAACAGAUCGAAGAGUAUAAACGAAGGCGAGAACAGGUGCUAGGUGGAAAUAUGAUUGGUUUAACUAGUGCGAUGAAUAAUGAGGAUGGAUCAUCAAAAUUUAUAAAGACGGAAAAUAACUCAGGAUAUCAUAGGCGAUACACUCCACAUAAAACCAGAGACAAUGAUGUCCUAAAGAUAAAAGAAGAACCAGAAUCUCUGGAGAUUGUUCAUGAAAUAAGAAUCAAGGAAGAGUGUACUGAAAUAUUUGAAAAACCCACAGAUCACAAAUCAUCAAAACAAAAACAAGAUACGAAAUCAGAUGAAUAUCUAGCUCGAAUGGCUCACCUCAAAGAAAAAUGGGAAGAAGCCAAAUCACAAAAAGAGUCCCUGCUAAUGGAGCUAGAAGAAGAGGGAAACCAAGAAAAGUUGGAGAGAAUUUUAGGGGAGAGAGAAGACGUUGACUUGGAGGAGUUUCAAGAAUAUCUGAAACAGAGAAAUAUUGCAAUAUCCAGACUGAAAGAUCAGGACAUAAUUUCACUGUAUGAAGAUAGAAAUAAUGCGCACAUAGGAGACCAUCUUUUAGAAGGCAGCGAGGAUGUUUCGACGAUACAUGCUAUUCCUUUGGAAGAUUACUUAGAGUGUGAUUACUGCCCAGAAACCUUUCCCACCGAUGUUAUGCUUGAAGAUCAUCUAAAAAAGCACGAUUAUAGAAUAAUGCAUUAUUGCGAAGAUUGUCUUACAGAAUUUCCCACAAACAAAGCAAAAAAAAAUCACAAUAUUACCUGCAUGCAAAAAAUGAUAUGUAAAUAUUGCGAUUUAAUGUUAGACUCCAAAGGUAAAAAAAGACAACACGAACAAAAACACUGCGACAAUAUGUAUGGCCAACUCUGUGAUACUUGCGGUGAAAAGUUCAAGCACCAGGGCACUCUUGAUCAGCAUAUUAAAACACAGCACAUGAGCUGGGAGAAGGUCUUCCAAUGUCCCAAAUGCCCCAAAAAAUUUGCAUUCAAACAAAAAUUGACUUUUCACCUGAAAUCUGUCCACACCACACUAAGGGCAUAUUUAUGUGAAGACUGCGGAGCUGAUUUCAAAAAUCCAGCAAGUCUACGGCAUCACAGGAUUCGCAAACAUCAGCCUGUUGGUAACAAAAGAGAAUGUUCGGUUUGCCAUAAAAUGGUUCCAUUUUACAGCCUGUCCAAGCAUAUGCAUACGCACAAGGCUUACACUAUACAAUGUCCACAUUGUGAUAAAAUGUUCAAGAAUAGUUCGACACUGAAACAACAUGUUAGAAUUCAUGAAGACCAAAGACAAUACAGAUGUGACAUUUGCGGGGUAGGAUUCAAUCGACGAGAUGGUCUAAGAUUGCACAUGAGAGUGCAUGAAAAAACUGAUAGUCGAGGGUUGAAAGAGUGUUCAUGCCAAGUAUGCGGUGAAAAAUUCCCUAAUCAUUCUAUGCUGGUAAUUCACAGAAACAGGGUUCAUAAGGACGGAAGACAGUAUACUUGCCAUAUUUGUAAUAGAUCAAUGAUCUCACCACGGUCCUUGGAAUGGCACAUGUCUCACAUUCACAACCAAGCGCUUCCUGGAGAAAUGCAAGCGGAUUCAGAAGUUCCUCAAGUGAAGAAAAGAGUAACGUGUUAUCACUGUGACAAAACAUUCAAAACUGAAAUGAUUUUAAGAACACAUAUCAAGAACACACAUGUCGAAAAAGAUCCAAUGAAAUGUGCAGAAUGUGAUCAACUCUUUACUUCAGAUGUGAGACUCAGACAUCAUAUGAUGGUAAUCCACAAUAGAUUGGAGGGAACAUUGCCAUGCCCGCAUUGUCCGAAACGAUUUGUGAAUCAAUUGAGAUUAAAAACACACAUGAUAUCUCAUUCUGAGGAGAGACCGUACACGUGUGAAGUAUGUGGAUUUAAUUUGAAAACUAAAAUCCAAUUAAUCAAACACCACCAAAAUAGACAUAGUGACGAACGGCCGUUACAAUGCAAGUAUUGUCCCUGGAGGUGUAAGCAGGUGAGCGCUCUUGUCUGUCACGAAAGAACGCACACAAAUGAACGACCAUACGCCUGCAGCGUUUGCAGGCAAAGAUUUAAAUAUCUUGGGGACAAGAACAAGCACGAAAGAAGGCACGAGAGCCUAGGGGGUUCUGGAUUUAAGAGAAUAGUCACCGGUCGAAAUACCAAGCAACCAAGGAUACAAACAGAGAUGCUUACUUCAGGUUCUGAACACGAUCAAGAAGAAUAUGGGCAAAUACAAGUUCAAUACCAGAACGAGGGUCAAUAUGAAGAACAGACUGAGGAUCAGUACGAAGAUGACCAACAGGUCACGAAAUUUGAACCGCAAGAAAUUGAAGCCGAAUACGAACAAUCUUAUGAUCAGGAUUACGAGACAUCCAGGGAAGCUUCAGAAGCAGCAGAGGUGAUAAUGAGUAUGGAAGAUACGACCGUGUAUACCGAAGAAGUAACUGCAGAUGACAUGGAAUCAACAGAGAUUAUAACUGAUGAAAUCACGAACCAAAUAUUCCAAACUGGUACAGUCGUGCAUUUGGAGCAGCAAGACGAUUCUGGUAAAAUACAAGUUUUUCCUGUUAUGCUUUCCCUGCCAGAUCUAACAGAUGCGAACUCAGAGGUCAAUCUUGCGACAGCAUCUAUUAUGUACAAUACUUAAUAAUUAUUGAUAUCAUAGAUAGAUCAGGUACAAAGAAACGUUAAUUUUAAUAUCUGGCUUUUCAUUGUUGCGAAUAGUUGUGGGCUAGUUUUAAUUCCAUAUUAUAUUUGGUACGUCUACGCGCAUAUUAAACUUAUAAUCUUACGUGUUAUCUUUACGUGUGUUCCUGGACCACCACAUACAAUAAUUCCACACACAUUCUGCACAUUUGUUGAGACUCAAAUCUUGCUUCCUAAGCAACGGUGCAGUAUAAUUACUGUACUGUUUUUAACACGGCUGGCCUUACUUCUUUUGAUCCAGGCGCUAUUGAACUGGAAUGAUCAAUUACAAACACAUUAAUCAAUAGGUUUAGAGGCAUGAGAUUUAGCGUUGAAAUAGUCGUUGAGCUUUGGAACAUGAAGUUUACGUUAUUUCAAUAUCUUCUUAGGUAUUGAAAAUUCUAUUGAUGGAAAUGACGCAUGUUAUAAUUUUCGAAAAAUUCGUAGAGUGCCAUUUAUAUCCUUGCUAACUUUUCGUCAACACAAGAAUAUAGAAUAAACAAAAAAACAAGAGACCAGUAAAUCUGGUUAAUUGACGGUGGAAAAAAUCACACAUAUUUGUGAUUAUACAGUUGCCUUUUUCUUUGUAAAUAAAAGUCCUAGAGAAAAAAGAUGACAAUUGUAGAACGUCGCGUCGCGUGUUCGCGAUGUCGCAAUGUCGCGUAGUAGAAAAAUAUCUGUAUAUCUUGGCAGACAAACAAUAUGAUGAGAAAUUGUUGAAUGUUUCGGAUAGAUGAUAACCCAUCCUAGUAUAAUAUACAUACUUGUAUAUAAUAUACAAAUAGUAAUUAGUUUUGCUAACUGAGGAAGACUUUUUCCUCGAAUUAAAAUUACACAGGAUCUUUAGAGUAAUUUAUAUUUCAUUAUUUUAUAUAACAUGUCACGCUGAUCGUAUAAAUAUUCCAGCUUUAACAUAAGCCAUGUAAUUAGUUACUCAUGAUACGUAUCGACAAUUCACCUAGUAUCUUGAAUGAUAAACCAGUCCUGUGUUUCGAUUCAAGUUCACUGAUUCAAACUUACUUCCUAUACAUGAAUCGAGUGGUGAAUGUCAAUAUGGAUUGGAAUAGUCCCUCCCCCCCCCCCCCCAUGGUUCUGUUGUUUUAAUUGAAUGAUGAAAAAUCUAAUUGUACCCAAAUACCUUACUGCAACAAUAAAAUAUUUUAAAGUA